AUGUCUAAUAUACUCAUUACAGGUUGCUCUCGUGGUCUUGGCCUUGAGCUGGUGCGACGGUGCUCAGCGCGUGCCAGCAAAGAAGGAGGGCUUGUUAUUGCAACGUCUCGCAACCUUUCCCAAGAGCUGGACGAUGUGAUAUCCCAGUCCAACGGUUCUGCAGUGUUCAUUCAUUUAGAUGUCACAGAUACCCCAAAUAUCGCACAAUCAGUAGGGGAAGUUCGUCGAGUUUUGAAAGGAUGUAGCCUGGAUAUCCUCAUCAAUUGCGCCGGUGUCUUCGGUAUCACUCAGGGAAAGCUAGCACUCAUGAAUGAUCUCGAAUAUCAACUCUCUGUUAACGUGACAGGAGCCCACAACGUUAUCCGGAAAUACAUACCCCUCAUGCAGGAUAGCAAGGCGAAGAAAGUAAUCAAUGUUUCCAGCGGCUUCGCAUCGAUGACUUUGGCCUCAAGCUCGACCUACGCGCCUUGCCCGGCGUAUAAAAUCAGCAAGGCAGCUUUGAAUGCCUUGACAGUGCAAUACGCACUGUCAUACAAGGAAGACGGCUUUACCUUCGUCCCAUUAAGUCCGGGAUGGCUCCAAACCGAUAUGGGCGGCGAGAAUGCCGACCUCACUGUCCCCCAGGGAGCAGAAGCGGUUUUAAACGUUGUAAACUCUGUCACUCAUGAGAGUAACGGUCGAUACAAAAAUAUUCUCGUUCCUGGUUGGGAUGCUUAUAGUGGUCAAGAUCUGCCAUGGUAG